AGGUGGUUCCCCUCCGAUGAGGAUGGGAGAGCCUGGCGAGCUGAAACCCGAGCUCCCGCUCAGCUGGGGCUUGGGGAGGUCCCUGUAAGAGCCGCGCCUGCCAGCCUCCCUUCGGUCCCUCCCCAGCAGUCGCUCAGGGCACCGGCGGGAACGAUGGAGCUGGGCUGCUGGACGCAGUUGGGGCUCACUUUCCUGCAGCUCCUUCUCAUCUCAUCCUUGCCUAGAGAGUACACAGUCAUCAAUGAAGCCUGCCCGGGGGCCGAGUGGAACAUCAUGUGUCGUGAGUGCUGUGAAUACGAUCAGAUAGAGUGCGUCUGCCCUGGAAAGAAGGAAGUAGUGGGCUACACCAUCCCCUGCUGCAGGAAUGAGGAGAACGAGUGUGACUCCUGCCUCAUUCACCCGGGCUGUACCAUCUUUGAGAACUGCAAGGCCUGCCGGAACGGCUCGUGGGGCGGCACCCUGGAUGACUUCUACGUGAAGGGGAUCUACUGCGCGGAAUGCCGAGCGGGCUGGUACGGAGGAGACUGCAUGCGAUGUGGCCAGGUUCUGCGAGCCCCAAAAGGUCAGAUUUUGUUGGAAAGCUACCCUUUGAAUGCUCACUGUGAAUGGACCAUUCAUGCCAAACCUGGGUUCAUCAUCCAGCUAAGGUUCGUCAUGUUGAGCCUGGAGUUUGACUACAUGUGCCAGUAUGACUAUGUUGAGGUCCGUGACGGGGACAGCAGCAACGGCCGGAUCAUCAAACGCUUCUGUGGCAAUGAGCGGCCAGCUCCUAUCCGGAGCACAGACUCUUCGCUCCACAUCCUCUUCCAUUCAGAUGGCUCCAAGAAUUUCGAUGGCUUCCAUGCUAUAUUUGAGGAGAUCACAGCAUGUUCCUCUUCUCCUUGUUUCCAUGAUGGCACUUGUCUCCUUGACAAAACCGGAUCUUACACAUGCGCCUGCCUGGCAGGCUACACUGGGCAGCACUGUGAAAAUCUCCUUGAAGAAAGAAACUGCUCAGACCCUGGGGGCCCAGUCAAUGGGUACAAGAAGAUAACAGGAGGCCCCGGGCUGAUCAACGGGCUCUAUGCAAAAAUCGGCACAGUCGUGUCCUUCUUUUGUAAUAACUCCUACGUGCUUAGUGGCAGUGAGAAGAGAACUUGCCAGGAGCAUGGAGAGUGGUCGGGGAAACAGCCAAUCUGCAUAAAAGCCUGCCGAGAGCCAAAGACCUCAGACCUGGUGAGACGCAAAGUUCUUCCCAUGCAGGUUCAGUCAAGGGAGACGCCAUUACACCAGCUGUACUCAGCAUCCUUCAGCAAGCAGAAACUGCAGGGCGCCCCCACCAAGAAGCCAGCCCUUCCCUUUGGAGACCUGCCGCCCGGGUUCCAACACCUGCACACGCAGCUCCAGUACGAGUGUGUCUCGCCCUUCUACCGCCGCCUGGGCAGCAGCCGCCGCACAUGCCUGAGGACCGGGAAGUGGAGCGGACGUGCCCCGUCCUGCGUCCCUAUCUGUGGGAAAACUGAGAACAUCACUGCUCCAAAGACCCAGGGGGUGCGCUGGCCGUGGCAGGCGGCCAUCUACAGGAGGGCCAGCGGGGUGCACGGUGGCAGCCUGCACAAGGAUGCAUGGUUCCUGGUCUGCAGCGGCGCCCUGGUGAAUGAGCGCACUGUGGUGGUGGCUGCCCACUGUGUAACUGACCUGGGGAAGAUCACCAUGAUCAAGACAGCAGACCUCAGAGUCGUCCUGGGGAAGUUCUACCGGGAUGAUGACCGGGAUGAGAAGACCAUCCAGAACUUGCGGAUUUCCGCAGUCAUUCUGCAUCCCAACUAUGACCCUAUCCUGCUGGACACCGACAUAGCCAUCCUGAAGCUCCUGGACAAGGCUCGUGUCAGCACCCGCGUCCAGCCCAUCUGCCUGGCCGCCCCGCGGGACCUCAGCACCUCCUUCCAGGAGUCCCGCAUCACUGUGGCCGGCUGGAACAUCCUGGCAGAUGCGAGAAGCCCAGGCUUCAAGAACGACACGCUGCGCUCAGGAGUGGUCAGGGUGGUGGACUCGCUGCUGUGUGAGGAGCAGCACGAGGACCAUGGCAUCCCUGUGAGCAUCACGGACAACAUGUUCUGUGCCAGCCGUGACCCCACUGCGCCUUCUGACAUCUGCACAGCGGAGACGGGAGGCAUUGCGGCUGUGUCCUUUCCGGGCCGGGUGUCCCCCGAGCCACGCUGGCAUCUGGUGGGGCUGGUCAGCUGGAGCUAUGACAAAACAUGCGGCCACAGCCUCUACACAGCCUUUAGCAAGGUACUGCCUUUUAAAGACUGGAUCGAGAGGAACAUGAAAUGAGCCUCAACGGCAUCAAGAUGCUUUUUGUGGGUCCAUCUCUAUGUGUGUUGCCUGAGGCAGUGUAGACCUGAAGUUCGAUUCUGCCUGUGAUUUUGGCUGGGCCAGGGCUUCUGACUUCAGGAUCAAAACUCAGUGGAGAGUGAGUAGAGCUCACUUCCUGGUAGACCGCUGCCUUCCUGGCCACUGAGACCGUUUGGAAGACACCGCAGCUGCUUUGCAAGAACGGAGUUGCCUCCAGAAAGACUAUGCAAAUAGCAAAGAAGUGGUCCCCAUUCCGCCGGCCCAGUGGCUUUGCCCACCUGCCCUACGGGGGUGUGAAUGUCAUGGCCAGCUCUGGUGGAGAGAGUGUUGGCCAAGAAGUCUGGGUUUCAUGAGGUCUCUUCCAGGACUCUAGCCAGACCAAGUUCCAAAAAGCCGCCUGCAGGGCAGCCUAGGACAGCGGAGAUUGGAUGUGGCUCUGGCUUUUGUGUACAUUGCCACCAUAAACUGUGGCUCUUUCUUUCUCAAUCCCCUUUCCAUAUUUUAAUAAAACAAGGGUUGGCUUCUGACCUACAGAACAAAGGUGCUAUGGCUGUCAGCCCUGCAUGUUGCUUCUCUGAGCUACGUGUGUCCGGGCUGAUGGCUUGAUGACAGCCCUUUAAAAUAGAUCCUCAACUUAUAAUUUCAAAACAAUGCAGAUGGCAAAGUUGAUGCCCGUCCCUGGAUUUGCUGGGUUAUGGCCUGGAAGAGGAGCAACAUGGGGGCCAUCAGAAAAGGUACAAACAGGGGGAAAUACCAGGGAUUCAAUGAUUUCUAGUGUCCCCUCUGGCUCUCAUGUUCUAGAUCUAACACAAAGCCCUGCCUUGAACUUCCAUAAAUCUUUAUGAUGUAUUUUCAAAGCAUCUGAACUGGAAUCACCUAUUUACUCACACUAGACUGAGAUGUGCCAAGACAGUAAAGCGCCACUCUUUUCUAGAACCGAUGUGAUUUUCCUUUCAAACCCUACCUGACUCCCACUGGAUAGUGGAGGGGAAAAAUGAAUUCAGUCCCUGAAGUGAUCUUCUCAGUAACAUACACUCUUUUCUCCUUUCUUCCCUGCUCUCCUGGCCAGUCUCCUCCCCUCCAAGAUGGUGCUGUGGAGGCUACAUGACUUCAAGGCCUGGGUCACGAUCAGACUCCGGAGUGCCUGCUGGCUCUGGGUGGCUGUGGUGGGUCUUUCCCACCCUUAGCCAUUCUGCUGACAUUGACCUAGGUGCUGUAACCUAGGAAACUUGUGCUAUGUUCUCUCUGCUUCCCUGGACCCAGCAGCCCUAUCUACGAACAUGGUGGUACUCCUCAGAUGUGGGGGUGACUCCCUUUUGGCCCUGGUUUGGGUGACUCCGCCUCACUGUCACAGGGACAGCCUUCUCUGGCAGCCCCCUGCCAGAUUCUCAGUGACCUCCCCUUCCUCCCUUGGGGCCUUUUCAAGAACAUCUCGGUAUUUUCUGUACCUCAUGAGGGCGGAGACCCCAGGGUUGGCACAGGGAACUCUAGACCCAAACAGAAACUUUACUCUUUCUCAACCUGCUGGAGAGAAAGCUCGACUUUCAGCUCUUUAGCCCUGACACAGGAGGUUAGGAUACACUUGUCUCCCAACCUGUCUCACUGUUUCUGUGUCUUUACAUAAUUCCCUGAGCCAGGAGAUAGUUUCUAGUACUUUAUCAUUUUGUCAGGCUUUCUUGGGGAUUUUCAUAAUCCACACCCACCUCCUUCCUCAUGGCUUAAUCUAAAAGCAAUGUAUCAGUUAUCAACUUCUGAGUAAGAAGCAUCUCAUGUUUAGUGGUUAAAAUAAGCAAUAGUUAUUCUCUCCUAGCCUCAGAGAGUCAGGAACUGGGGAGCAGAGCUCGGCAUGAGGUUGUAGCCUUAACUGGGGCUGCGGCAUUGGGUUCCACAAAUAGUUUUACCAAGUUGCUCAAAGAUUUUUUCAUUUUCCUUUUUUUUUUUUAAGCCUAGAAAACUUGGAUUUUGAGAGGUAUAAUGGGAGUCUGAGUAAAGAAAUCUAAAUUCAAAUUCCUGCUUUUCAACUUCAUUUCUAAGUGACCUUGGGCAAGUCACCUACCCUAGCGAACUCAGUUUCACCAACUGUUAGGUUGACAUGAUACAAUCCAUCUUUCAUGGGGACCGUGAGGAUGAAGUCAGAUAUCAUGUAAAGUGCUGAGCAUAGUAGAUGGUUUAUAGCUCGGUGCCUGUAAUGCCUGGCGAGGGCUAGGCUGUCCAGCUGGGCACAGCUCCAUACAGCCUGUAUCUGUGCCUCUGUGGCACGUCCCACGUGGGUGCCCAUGUGCAUACCUCUUUCUCUCUGUCCUGACGCUCCCCCCUCCCCCCACCUGGACCGUCAGUUCCCUACUUUCCUGACAUUUUCUGUACUACUUAGUGUCAUUUUCUGCCCUUGCCCUGCCAUUCAGAUUUGGCUCACAUUUAUGUCAUCUCAGCUAUGGCUUUGAUCCCCUAAGAAGCUGAAUCUGGCCUGAAAUCCUGGGAACCCUGCCUCAGGGUACUUGGUUAAGAGCCCCAUGGUCAUUUCUACACCAUCCUCAAGAUCGUCCCAUCUCAGCACUGCCCUCAUGGACUGCAAGCACUCUGCCACACUGACCUAAAUCUCUAGGUCUGGAGAAGAGAGUCAGAUACCAGCCUGUCCCUUGGCCAUAGGAAUGUCAUCUAUAUCUUCAUAACUUGGCCCUCACAUCCUAGGAUGGGGCUCUAAGAGUGGGAGAUCUCUUUCUUAGCUGGGAAUCUGGAGUGGUCCAUCAGUCAGGGGUUUUUUUGUUUUGUUUUGUUUCAGAGAGUCAGAAAGAAUAGAGGUAUAGAAUAAGGGGUAGUAAUGAAAACAUACAGUUGUGGGCACUGGCAGGGAAGACUGUGGGAAGCUCUUGCCUUUGCAUCUGGUGUUGAACCUGGAAUCAACAGGGCCAGCAGUUGGGACGGAAAGCUGGCUGGGAAGUUGGCCAAGCAAGGACAAGCUGAGACCUCCAAGGUCAAAAGGAAGCCCAUGUUUUCCUUUGCUGUCCCCAGCCUCAAUGAUGCCAGUGACCUGCCGGAGAAGCUGACACCCUCCGUAUGUAGCUGUACACACACCUGAUCCAGGACAGUCAGAAAAGUUUGAAGAGGGUUUCCAGCAGAUGGGCCUGGGUGCCGUCCCCCUCACCCCCCAGCAAGGUGAGCUGGUGGGUCAGUGACACUGUGUGUGAACUCUCAGUGACUGGUGCAUUGCCAGCUUUCCGCUCCCCUCUCCAGACCUCAUGUAAGUUCCUCUUGUGCCCACUCUCACCUGCAAUCACAUAGAGAAGGGAAUGUUGCAUAGUUCCAACUUCCCCUCAGCUGACCUAGAAUAAAAGCCAUUGCAAAUUAUGGAA